CUUUCUCGUGCCGCAUUGGAAUUUUUGAAGACUUUUAGAACUAUGCUGUUCGUUUCAAUUCGAAUAUCUGCAAUUGAUGCAGCAUUAUGGCGGUCCUCCGCCUCCCUCAUUGUACCGGGAUCUUCAUCUGUAAUUACCGAGGCUUGGCUCGGUUUUCGUUUUGACAGAAAGAAAAGGAUCUUAACCUUGUCGUUUUUUGUGCCUUUCGUUGUGCUUUUGAGUUUGUGCACGAUCCUCAUCCUUCUGAUGGAACUAAGGUAUGCGGCGCAAUCGUAGGUCGGACGGGGGUUGUUAGAGAUUUCGGAUUUCAGAAGGAUGCGGUUGCCACGUCCGGUUCUCUUAGGGCUGGCGUGGCCCGUCGCUGAUGCUUCGAAGAUACGAUCUAAAGGCGACGCUGUUGGGAAGGUGGUGGAAAUGCUGUCUAAAAUGAUCGCAGACGGCGAGGAGGGAAAGGCAAAGGAGGCGGCAAUUUUUAAAUCCAUUGAAAAGUCAGUGGCCCAGACCAUGACGGAGGUUGGCAUAGAAAUCGAGCAUCAGAAGGAGAUGGUGGAAAAAUACCAAGCCUGCAAGGAAGCAGUACAUGACUUUUACAGCCCGCGCUACAUGUAUCGUCGUGUGGUCAAUGGUUUGCUGUUACUUUUGCGCUUGAAUCCUGCACUUUGGGGCGUUUUAAGAAAUGCAUCCACUAUCGCGGCAAAAAUAAAAUCAUCCUUGUUCAAUCUGUUCACACCAGGGUGCAGCUGAAGCUUCCGAGCUCGCGGGAGAAAUAGAGGCCUUGCAGAAAGAGAACGCAGACAAUGCGGCUGAGCUCGCCGCAAAGAAGGCUUCGAGAGAAGAGGCACAGGCAGCUUUCGUCAAGGAGGAAAAAGUAUCAAAUGUAAAAAUGUCUGGGUCUGGAAGAAUGCAACUUGUCAUGCUAAAUCUGAAGCAUGCAAAAAUCUGUGUUGCAUGAUUACCAAAAGUGGUCCAGUUUUGACCAAGUCGGGAGGGAGUUUCUCAUGCAGGGUAGGCAUGAGAGAGAUCGCGCAAAAUCUGUCAUGCUAGGUCCUGCAUUCCAGACCUCGCGGGUCAUGGAAAAGCUGCAUCACAAAUCUGACAAUCUUCCAGACCCAGACACUUUUACAAUCCAUAAAAAGAUCUGAUGGAAUCUGUAGACGCGCUGACCCGGGCGAUUCAGGUUAUCAAGGCUGAGCCAGGCUCCGUCGCCGCGAUUCAGACCAGCCUCCAGGGAAAGCUCCCAGCUACCGUGCAGGCAGAUUUAGAAGCUUUCGUGCAGCAGCCCCAGGCGGGGAAGACCGCAUACGAGAACCAGAGCGGUACUUCAGGUUUCGGACUCGAGGAAAACGAAAAACACACUCACGAUACAGAAAGAUGCAAUUUUUCGAAAAUAUUUAUAGUAAAACUCAUUUCUUUCUCUUUGUAAUUUCGAUAAUUUAAAUCCCGAAAGGUGGCCUACUCCAGAUGUUGGAAGACCUGCUCGCCGACUUCAGCAAGCAGCUGAAGGAUGCGCAAACGGGGAACUCGAACCAGGUGCAUGCCUUCCAAAUGUUCAAAAUGGACAUGGACAACGAGAUCGAGAACAUCGAGCGCGACAUCUCCAGCAAGACGCAGCAGAAGGGCGAGGCAGAAGCGAAGUCGGGCGAGUGCGCUUCCAAGGAAGAGACUGCGACGGACGCUUUGGCCUCCGCGGAAAAGCUGAAGAAGGAGACGGGGAUGUACUUUAAAGCCCAAUCGGAUUCCUUCGCGCAGAACCAGAAGGUCCGCACACAGGAGCUCGACGCACUGAACAAGGCCGUUGACAUUAUGAAGGGCGACGCCGUCACUACGGGCGCGGACAAGCACAUUCCGGGCCUCGUGCAAAAGGCGAAGAGCUUUUUGCAGAUCUCGACGAGCUCGAAGCAGUCUUUCACGGGCAGCAAGCUGUCCCCGAGAUUGCAACUAGUGCAGGAAAAGCUGUCGAGCGUGCACAACAGCCCGCGGUUGUCCAUGAUCUCGGUUUCUAUGUUGACCGGCGGUACUUUUGACAAGAUCAUCGGCAUGAUAAAAGAGAUGAUCACCACGCUGGAGGAGGAAGCCGCCCAGGAGCAGGCCCACAAGGAGUGGUGCGAUAAAGAGCUGUCCACCACCGAGAAGGAUCGCGAUACGUACCAGGGCGAAGUCGACGCUUUAGCCGCAAAGAAGGAGGGUCUGGAAGCGAAGAAGGCGAACGCGCAAGAGGAAAUCAAGCGACUGCAGACGGAGACCGCGGAGCUCAAGAAGACGGUCGCGGACACAACCGCGGAAAGAACUGCGGAAAAGAAGGAGAACGAAGGUACUUCCUGUGUACAAGCUUCUUGAAAUGCAGCCGGAAUAUUGCAUUGCGAUUUUGAUUGAUGUUCUUUUUCUAAGAGAGGAAAUACAUAGAACUUAAUCCCAUUUUUGCAUCACAGAAACCAUCGCCGAGGCCAGCGCCGCCCAGCAGGCCGUCGCCAAGGCCAUCGAGGUUCUGGAAGAGUUCUUAUUUCAAUGAAAAAUGCCCCCUCCCCAUAUCAAAACAGAAAUCUGUGAUGCAGAUUUGUGGUCACAAAUCAGCUUUCUGAUGCUAGAAGGCAAAAGAUGCGGACUGUAGUGCUGUCGAGCGUGGGAAAGCCUUGCAGCUCCAGGAUGACAGGAGGCAACUGGAAGUGGGGAACAGCAUGACAGAUUACCUGCAAUUUAGGCCGCAGCUUCGUCUCUUGGCCUUCUAGCAAUACAAGUUUAUUUGUGUACUCAAAUACAGCAUCACAAAUUCGCGCAUCUUCCGUUUCCGAUAUGGGGUGGGGGCUUUUUUCACUUUGAUAGUUCUAUGGCGGUGACGAGGAGCCGGCACUGCUCCAGACCAAGCAGGCCCCGGUGAUCGCGAGCUACGGCGGCAUGGGCGGUGAGAGCACGGGCGUCAUCGGUUUGAUGCAGACGAUCGAGGCCAAGUUCAGCGAGCUCGAGUCUGACACCAAGGCGGCGGAAGCCAUGGCUUCCACCACCUACAAGGAGUUCAUGGCGGUGAGCAAGAAGCAGCUCGAAAAAAACCGGGACGACCUCAGCGAUACAAAAAUUGAGGUGAUCAAACUCGACGCCGAGAUCGCCCGCACCGAAAAGGCGCUCGCGGGCAAGGCGAAGUCUUUGAAAGCCGCACAGGACUACUGGUCCUCUCUGCAGCCGAUGUGUGUGGUCAAGAAGGUCAGCUACGAAGAGCGGGUCGCUAAGCGGGAGGAGGAGAUUGCCGCCUUGAAGGAGGCCUACAAGAUCCUCAGCGAGGAAUCCUAAAUGUGCUAGUUUUUAGAUUUUUGUGUACAAUACGCUUGAACAAUCGACAGCAAAUAUUUUGCGCUGUGCUGCUGUAGCUACGCUGCCCGUUUUGUUUUCUGCCCUAAGAAUUCAGUAGUCGGACGUUUCUUGACCGAAUUUUUUUAGCGCAGCUGUUUCUGACAACAUUUUAUUCUUUUUUCUAAUGGCAUCAACACAUCUUAUUCUUUUUUCUAAUGGCAAAUGUUAGGUAUUUUUAGAUCAGUAAGCAAAUUGGAACAGUAAGCAAAUUUAGAUCGUAAGCAAAUGGUAUCACAUAUUUUGGACGAAGCAGCUGCGCCCAGAGGAUGUGGCUCUGUGUGGUGAGUGCAAAGAUUUUGACGCUAAAGGGGACAGGAGCGUAACACAGGCGCUUCAGCCAAACAUUAUGUUUCAUUGAUUGUGGAAGCAUGUACACAUACGAUUCAAAAUGAAUACGACGAGGAGCGCACAACUUCGUGUCCCAUUUUGCUUUGUGCACUUCGCUGUGUAGCGCGCAGCGAGUAGCAUCAUAUAAAGAUGUGCGCAUCAUCGCCGUGAAGUAGGAGAGACGGUCGCCGUCGUGUCAUCGUGGCCUCGUGCUGCUACAGAGGAAGUAAAAGCCAAGUUACUUUAUUCCGACGUCGCAUGAGGUUCAUCUCGCAGUCGCGAGAGAAAACAAACAUACGUUUAUU